AUGGGAAUGCUUGCAACAGGAUAUUGUGAUGUUGGUAUUGCUGGUGGCGUUGAGUUACUCUCCGAUGUGCCAAUACGAUACAAUCGAAAGGCUCGCUUAGCGAUGCUUUCGUUAAAUAAGGCAAAGAAAAUUCCGGACAAAUUGAAGUUUGCAAAAGAUAUUGCUGUAAAUUUCUUCAUGCCCGAACUGCCGGCUGUUGCCGAAUUCACUUCCGGUGAAACGAUGGGCCAUAGCGGUGACCGACUUGCUGCUGCUUUUGGAGUCUCCAGGCGUGAACAAGAUGAAUAUGCCGUUCGAUCGCAUACAUUAGCUGAGCGUGCCACCAAAGAGAAUCUUUUAACAGACGUUGUGCCUGUUUUUGCUCCCGGCAAUCAACCAGCAGUGAUAAGAAAAGACAACGGAAUUCGCGUUUCAUCGGUGGAAAAAUUGGCAGAGUUGAAGCCGGCAUUCGUCAGACCUCACGGGACAAUUACCGCUGGUAAUGCUUCAUUUCUCACCGAUGGUGCUUCGGCAGCAUUGAUAAUGACGGAGGAUUAUGCGCUGAAGAAAGGCUAUAAGCCAAAAGCUUAUCUACGUGAUUUCCAGUACGUAGCGCAAGAUCCAAUAGAUCAGCUUCUUCUUUCUCCAGCUUAUGUCAUACCAAAAUUGCUGGACAAAGUUAGAUUGACUUUAAAAGACAUCGAUGUUUUCGAAAUUCAUGAAGCUUUCGCGGGACAAAUCCUCGCCAAUUUAAAUGCAAUGGAUUCAGAUUACUUUUGUAAGAGACGUGCCGAGUUUCGUGAUUUCACUGCUUGUGUUUUUCAGCAAAUGCUGAAUCGGUCCGGUAAAUAUGGUCGCAUACCGGAAGAAAAAUUGAACUGUUGGGGAGGCAGUCUUUCACUGGGGCAUCCGUUUGGUGCAACGGGAGUACGUUUGGUGUCACAUGCAGCAAAUCGGUUGCGACACGAAAAAAAGCAUCUGGGACUAGUGGCUGCAUGCGCUUCUGGAGGGCAUGGCGUUGCAAUGCUAAUCGAAAAUUAUCCAGGCAGUUAA